AUGUCAUCGAGUGAUGCUACCCUCGACCCGGCGGCGCUGGCCGCCGCACAAGCUGCUGCCGAAGCAGCUCGCCGGAUGACGAUCGAGGCUUGGACGCUCUACGGCGUUGGUAUGGUUGUGACGUUCCUCCGAAUGUUCGCCCGAGCGAAGGCCGUUGGCUUCCGAAAUUUCCGAGCCGAUGACUACCUUGCAUUCGCUGCCGCUAUCUUCUACACCAUCCAGUCGACCUUGGCGUACGAGGUGGGCAAUAUCGCGCAUGGUCUGGCCAACAAUGGCAUGACGGAUGAUGAACGGACGGCAUUGUCUACCACUGAUCCCGAAUUCACGCUAAGGGUCAUCGGGUCUAAGAUCCAGGUCGCGGGAUGGACGACCUACUCCGCCCUGCUUCUGCUAUUGAAGCUGUCGAUGCUAUUCUUUUAUCUGAGACUGACUGAAGGUCUUGGUCGCCGCUACAGGAUGCGCAUCUGGAUAGGCUUUGGACUGGUCAUCGGAACCUUUAUGGCAUCUAUUCUUGCCGUCUUCCUCGCAUGCAUACCGUUCGAUAAGUACUGGCAGAUCAGCCCGGAUCCCGGCAACUCUUGCCAGGCUGCCAUUUCCUUGCCGAUCAUCUGGACGUCGUUCGCGGCAAACGUUUCGACCGACAUAUACCUUAUUCUUAUUCCCAUCCCGCUACUUUGGGAGUCUACCCUCAGAGUUAUCAAGAAGAUUGCUUCGACCAUCGUCCUUGGCGCCGGUAUCUUCGUCUUGGUCUGUGCGACAUUGAAGAGCAUCUUUGUCCUGGUAGAUCCCGUCAACGGAGCCCAACUUGCAGGAACAUGGGGAACGCGAGAGACAUUCGUCGCCGUCGUCACGACUAACCUCCCUAUGAUCUUCCCUCUCAUCCGGACCUGGCUCAAGCCCCUCUGGCCCAGCAUGUUGCGCUCAUCCAAGAAGGCCUAUAAAACACCGAGUGGAUUCCAAACCAUUGGUGGCGGGAAUGGACAAUACGGCAACUCUCAACGAAGUCGCGAUCGCCGCACUGGUCCAUCAAGUGCGAACCCCAUCACCGCCAACGUCUCAUUUACCGAAAGCGAGGAACGAAUUAUGAAUGAUGUCAAAAUGCAGGACAUCAAGACGUCGACCAGCUCAGUCUCGCCGAUACCUGGAAGCAAGCCACCGAAUGGCAUUGUGGUUUCGAACGAGAUCCAGGUCACCAUUGAUGAUAGGACUAGUCAAUUUGUGGAGCAACGCCCGCAACAUCCUCGCGAGGCUUGGUAG